CCAUUCGAAUUUUGUUUUGGCAAAGUCAAGUCGAGCAUAUAACCGGGUCAAUCAAGCUGGAUUAUAUCAAAACUACGUACUCAUUACGACCAAUCGACUCUUCUAAGGUCACAAUUCUUAGUAAUUUUCCUUCUUAUUUCCCAUAAUUUUCAAGAGAAGAAUCCAUAUUUGUUUUAAUCUGGGAUUUCAUGUUUCCGUUGAUUGUUUGCUCUUUAAAGAACUCGUUCCUACAAGCUUAAUUUUUCAGACAGGAAUAAGCAAAACAAGACCAUGUUAGAAGACAAGACCAUAAUUUCCAUAGUCAUGCUCAGGGUCUUACUCCUAAUCACAGCUGUUUUUACUGUCUCAGGAAAUUCUCUAAGCACAGACAAAGAAAUCCUGCUCAACUUGAAAUCAUUUCUGGAAAAACAAAACCGAGUGAAUCGAGGAAGGUACUCGGAAUGGAAUCUGUGGAGCUCAAAUCCAUGCGAAUGGCAUGGAAUCUUCUGCUCUCCUGAUAGAGUUACUGGUAUUAACCUCUCUAACAGCAAGAUUUCUGGGGAAAUGUUCAACAACUUCUCAGCUUUGACUCAUCUUCAACAUCUCGAUCUGUCGAGAAACACACUAAAGGGAGUGAUUCCAGACGAUCUAAACAGAUGCCACAGCCUCGUAUACCUCAACUUAUCACAUAAUAUUCUUGGUGGUGAGCUAAUGUUGACUCGGUUGACCAGUUUACAGAAGCUUGAUUUAUCCAUGUUGACGAAAACGGGUUAA